AUGAUGGAGGCGAGAGAGUACGAGGGAGUUGUAACUUUUUCUCACCUGCAGAUCCUCACCCCAGAAGAGUUACUGUUCCGUUCAGUCCAACUAAUCAAUGACUCUCAUAAUGCCGCUAAUGCUCAUCCAGACGUAAAGCUGAGGUCAUUGCUUGUACUCGGAGUCAAUGAGCAAUGUCUACAUUUGUGGUUUGACUUGCUAUGCUCAGCAAAAAAUGAAGAACCAAUUCGGUGCAAAUACUAUCAUCCAUGGGCUUUUAUACGUACGCCGGCAUGGCGACAGAUAAAGUGCGACUUGAGACUUUUGAGUCAAUUCUCAUUCAAUUUGAGUGUCGACUUUGAGAUUGAAGGCGUAGAGAAGAGCAACAAGAAAGCCGGAGCUGGAAUGAUGUCAAGUACCAAGAAGAAAAUGCUAUCCACAGUAAUGGCCGGCGAAUUGAAGCCACACGAUGAGGAACCACUGAAGAAGGGCGUCACCGAUAUGCUAAUUAAACAUCACUUGUUCAGUUGGGAUUUGUAA